AUGUCAUCCUCCAUCGCCAUCCCCAAGCGCAAGGGCAAACACGCAGCUGUGUCUAGACACUCUGUUGAUUCCUCGUCGCCUUCGCGCUGCACAUCCAGCUCCUCGUCAUCGCCCUCGUCGGCCUCGGUGCAUACCUACAAGUUCACGCCGAGCGCGAACCGUUUCGAAUACGGGAGCUACGGCAGCAAUAGCAGCAGCGUUAAAAUCUUUCUCCCUUCCUACGCCGACUACCACUUUGACGACCUCGAGCGCAGACAGGAUCCUGUGCAGGAUAUCAUUCUUACAGAAGAGGAGAUUAAGAACAUGUUUCCUUCAUAA